GCCGUCAGUCUUUAGUCUGGUGCGGUGGAACGCGCUCGUGUCCGGUUACGUUUAGUUGGCUAGCCGCGCGUCUUUCAUUCAUCGCCACUCUGCGGUGUAGUAGCACCCGUGUCGCAUCCCGAUCCGCAGAUUCUCUCGCGAAUGGUCCCGGGUUGCGGACGGUACGAACCGGCGCUCAGCGAUUACUGAGAUGCGGACACUCGCGGCCGAACGGUCGGUGCAGCAGCGUACUUUCCGCAUGUAAACACACAAUGGACAUGGUCGUCCUGUGCACAAAGGACGGAUAGAAAGCAGUGAGUGAGUGAGUGGAUUAUAGUGUCCAAGAUGGCGGAGUCAAGCUAUUAUCAGGGCGAUUACAUCAGGCACCCGGUUCUUUACGAACUGUCGAGCAAGUAUGGAGUGGCUGGCAGUGACCAGGUGCCCUUGCCGGCUCGUCUCGACGAGCUCCGGGAGCACAUACGCCGAGAAAUACGCAAGGAGUUGAAAAUAAAGGCCGGCGCCGAGAAGCUGAGGGAAGUCGCGACCGAUCGUAAAGCGCUGUCGGACGUGGCGACGAUCGUGAAAAAGGCGAACAGCAAGCUGAACGAGCUGCAGGCGGAGCUGCAGCAGCUCGAGAGUCAAAUUAUAUUGACGCAGGGCCAGCCCCAGUCGCCCCAGCAAAAUCACUCGAACGGUCAAGACACGCCUCUGUCACCGAUGGGGCCGUCGUCGCCGAGUCAGGAGAGUCUAUUCACGGAUCCUCGAUUUUUAUCCUUGGAGAAGCAGCUCAAUAUCGAACUCAAGGUGAAGCAGGGGGCGGAAAACAUGAUCCAGAGUUUAACGAGCGGCAGGGACAAGAAGUUGCUGCAGGAUGCGCAGCAAAUGCUGGACGAUUCCCGUGCGAAAAUCGAGUUCCUACGUAUGCGGAUAAUGAAGGUGCGACAGGCUCGUCAGCAACAAGAACGCGGCGAUGCCCCGCCGCCGAACGGAGAAGCGACCAGCAAUAAAGAUAAAUACGAACCCAGCCUGGAGCUCGCGUUAGAGGAAAGGGUGGAGGAGCUGCGACACCGUUUGCGGAUCGAGGCUGCGGUGGUGGAGGGGGCUAAGAACGUGAUACGUCUGCUACAAAGUGCCAAAGUCGCUGAUAAGAAGGCGUUAACGGAGGCUCAGGCAAGUCUCGCGGAAUCAAGUAGAAAACUGGACCUAUUGAGAUUAUCCCUUGAACUUAGAAGACAGGAACUACCGCCUGAUAGCAGUACUGCUGCUCAGUUGAAGCGAGAGUUAGAUAGCGUGCAGUCAGCCAGCCCUGUCCCGGUGACUUAUACUUCUUUGCAACCUUUCCGUGGUCCUCUAGAGGGCAGAGCCACUGUGCCCGCUUCGGUGUCAAGAUGUGCAGCUGUUACAGGACAGUUAGAGGUUAGAUUAAUGGGGUGUCAAGACUUGGCGGAAGAAGUGCCUGGGCGUACCAGACGGGAGCAUCCAGCGAGUCCAGACCUGCGCAGCUUUGUCAAGGGAGUCACAGGGCGUAGCUCAAGCAAAUCGUACAGCGUUAAGGAUGAAACAAGUAAUGAUAUUAUGGCAGUUAUUAAGCUGGACAACCAAACAGUAGCACAAACUAGUUGGAGACCGUGUUCCCAGCAGGCUUGGGAUCAGAGGUUUUCCAUUGAACUAGAUAAAUCAAGAGAGCUUGAGAUAGGCAUUUACUGGAAAGAUUGGAGAUCCCUUUGCGCAGUGAAGUUCCUGCGUCUCGAGGAGUUCAUCGAUGAUGUUAGACAUGGAAUGGCCCUUCAGUUGGAACCGCAAGGACUUUUGUUCGCUGAGAUUAAAUUCCUGAACCCGAUGAUCUCAAGGAAGCCAAAGCUGCAACGCCAGCGUAAGAUCUUCAAACAGCAAGUGAAGAACUUCCCAAGAGCUAAUCAGAUGAACAUCAACGUUGCCACUUGGGGCAGAUUGCUGAAACGAUCAGCUCCUUCGCUACAUAAUACGAGGAACUCUGAGAGUCCGCCAUCAGGACCACAACCUUUGCAGCUAGUUUUCGAUACAUCCUUGGAGGAUAAGCCUGAAACACCUGGGGAGCUGCCCGACCCAGACAAGGGAGGACUCGGAGGAGCUAGACCUCUAGGACUGUCAGCAUCCAGCAGUAGUCCCACACUGCCACGACCUCCGGAACAUCCUCCACCACCUCCUCCUACGAUCACCAAGAAACCCUCGUUGCCAGCCCCGCCACCGCCACCCAAAUUAGAUCAAGAGUUGCAGAGUGCAUUAAGGGAGUUUGAUUUCCUGCACAACGAGGAAAAGGGGGGGCCUCAGGGCGCAAAUUUGAGGCCUCUUGUUACAGAGCCUCGUCCCGUGCUGAUUGCACCACCCUCUCCACGCACACCCUCGCCCCAACCUGUCGUCGAGUUUCCUGAAGACGAGGUCGUGUACGAAAUGCCCUCUAAGCCUUCUCAAUACAGAGAUAGUGCCUACGAAUCAAGAAGACACUCGCAAUUGACCGGAAUGACCAUAGAGAACUUUAGGCUACUCUCGGUCCUUGGUCGUGGACAUUUUGGUAAAGUGAUUUUGUCACAAUAUAGAAACACAGGGGAGUACUUUGCCAUUAAAGCAUUGAAAAAAGGAGAUAUUAUUGCAAGAGAUGAAGUUGAGUCAUUAUUGUCGGAGAAAAGAAUAUUUGAAGUGGCAAAUGCAACGCGUCACCCCUUCCUAGUGAACCUCUUUGCUUGUUUCCAGACAGAGGCGCAUGUGUGUUUUGUGAUGGAAUAUGCAGCUGGCGGAGAUCUCAUGAUGCACAUACAUGCAGACGUCUUUGGGGAGCCACGGGCAGUCUUUUACUCAGCCUGUGUUGUGUUAGGAUUGCAAUAUUUGCACGAAAGUCGUAUCAUUUACAGAGAUUUGAAACUAGACAAUUUAUUAUUGGAUACAGAGGGAUAUGUGAAGAUUGCAGAUUUUGGUUUGUGUAAAGAGGGAAUGGGUUAUGGAGAUAGAACAGGAACCUUCUGUGGUACGCCAGAAUUCUUGGCACCUGAGGUGCUCACUGAAACCUCGUACACCAGAGCCGUAGAUUGGUGGGGCCUCGGUGUAUUGAUAUUUGAAAUGCUUGUUGGCGAGUCUCCAUUCCCUGGUGACGAUGAGGAAGAAGUAUUUGACUCUAUUGUGAAUGACGAAGUUCGCUAUCCACGAUUUCUUUCUUUGGAGGCAAUAGCAAUAAUGCGAAGGUUGCUAAGAAAAAACCCUGACAGAAGAUUGGGUAGUAGUGAAAGAGAUGCUGAAGAUGUUAAAAAACAAGCAUUCUUCAGGCACAUAGCCUGGGACGAUUUACUCCUGAGACGCGUGAAGCCGCCGUUUGUUCCAGUGAUUGAUUCUGUGGAAGAUGUCAGUAAUUUCGAUGAGGAAUUCACAUCCGAGAAGCCGCAAUUAACUCCGCCUAAAGAUCCUAGGCCACUUAGCGAUUUAGAACAAAGUCUAUUUAAAGAUUUUACAUAUAUGGCUGACUGGUGCUAGCCAUGCCGAUUAUGAUAAUAAUAAUAAUGUUGUUCGUCUUUUUUGUUAAAUUUGAUAUGAAAAUCAUUUAGCAUUCUAUUAUUAUCUUUUCAGAGAUCAUUUUAGGGGCAAUCGAAUCGCAAUUAAUUAAUAAUACCGGUAAUUAUAUACGUAUUCGUUUAAUUAUCAGAAUAAUAUGUUCCACAGUUCAUAAUGUUAUGUAUUGUACAGAUGUUUUAUUUUUUAGUGUCAUGGUAUAAUCGGACAUAGAGAAUUGAGAAAAAAAAAGAUACGAAUUAUGUUCUACCGUUGAAUCUCAGGUUUUUAAUUAAUAUAUGAUCUUCAGGCUUUUAACUCAUAGUUAUACAUCUUCAGAUUUACAUUUAUCACGAUUACUGGUUAGUUUCAAUGUAAGGAAAUAGUUGUUAGUCACUUGAGAUACUUUCAAAGACAGGAAAAGAAACAUAAAUUAUACAUAUACUUUUGUAACAUGUUCAUAUUUUGAUACGAAGCUAUUGCUAUUUGGUAUCUAAAUUUUUAAAGGUUUCUAUUGUUUCACGAGACGUUUUAUCAGAUCUCACGACCAUGAUUCUGAACGCCGACCAAUCGUCUGGAAUUACUUCUUUUUAGAACCAAGUAUUAUUUUACAAUUUUUCAUCUUAAACGUAUCAUUUUUAUGUAUAAUAAUCACUUCUCAACUUCUUCAGACUUCUAUCUUCUUCUCCCUGUGUAUCGUAAAAAGAUAUUAACUGUAUAAACAUAUUAAUAUUCAUAAAGUGCAGUAAAUAAAUCAAAAUGUAACUAUAUUUGCUCAUGCUCAUGUGAUAGGGAAUUGAAUGAAAGAAAUGGCACUUUGUGCAACAUAUUAAUUACGGUAAUUAUAGUUAACAUUGGGCACUAUGAUUAUUAAUUGGUAUCGAUUACACAUGUAUCUACUUAUCGACAUGAUCAAUAGCUGAAAUCAAUUUUUUACAAUUAAUUGAAAACAAUGUAAAAACCACAAACCUACAAAUUUUAUAACGAACAAAUUUCUAGAGGUUUGAUUCCUACCUAAUCUAUUUGUUAAUUUUACGUUAUCAUUUAGUUACAUAUUUUCACGAUUCCAGUAUGUGAUAGAAUACUUUCGGUAUUCUAGUGCUACGCAUUGUAAAUAUGUAACCAAACGUCCUCUAGAUAUAUAUAUGCAUAAGAUCCAUAAGUACAAUAGUUCAGCUUGAUAUGUUAUUACAACAUAAUAUCACAAGGGUAACACAUGUAGUAGCACAUUCUUAGUAGUCGUAUUCACCUUUUAUUAUAAACAUCACACUACCAUUUCUCUACUCACAUUUUCUUUGUAUUCUGGUGAACGAUCGUGAUUACCUUGUACAAUCAUCACAAAUAUAUGCGUUACAUCUUAGUUACUCAGAGUUUUGCACUAACAUCAUUCGUUUUCUACACCUCACAAAUUGAUUUCAUAUAAUGUAUUCGCAAACAGUUUCUGAAAAUAUCAUUAGUAAUAUGUAAUAUACUGAUUACUAUCGUCAACAAUAGUAUGGGUUCAUCGUAUUCGAUUCUUUCAUUUUUAACACAAAACGUUUUUUAAUUGAAUGUAACGGUCUAUAUAAAAAUUUUAUACACAAGAAUGUUUUAAAUGAAACCUAUUGGAAUUGUUAUAACAAAUUAUAUCCACGUUUGAGUGAAAAAGAUUUGUCUAAACAAUUUGUAAACAAGGAACAAUUGAUCAUAAAUAUUUACAAAUUACAAUACUGUGAUACUAACAUAAAAAGGUUUCAUUUUGAAUAAUUCUUACUGUAUACGUUUUGUUAUGAAAAAAGUUUUCGCAAUUUUUGAAAGAAGAAGAAAAAGGGCCACAUUUGAAAUUAUGAAACAUAAAACCGUUUGUAUCACUUGUGAUAGUUUCGAGUACCAUCUCGAAUUCUAGUUGCCUUAAUGCACCGAUAAAUUAAUGAACUAUUUGGUAACUAUUUUGUAAAGAGAUCAUGUAAAUUGAAGUGGAAACCUACUUACACCGAGGUGCUCAUGUAACACAUUAUUUCUAAUGUGCCUAUUUUAUACAAUUCUCAUAUAUAGGUUCUACGAUUUAGCAGAGUAACUAUAAUAUAACUUUAAGUUAUAAUGAACAAGGACGUUUAAAAUCUGUGUAACGGCGUCUUCUUAUGUAAUGGACAAGAAAAUAUGUAACAUCGAGGUUCUUGAUAAACGUUCUAUGAAGAGAUCCAUAAUGAAUUUCGAAGAACAUUUAUUUUUAUAGUCCCAUUAAUCAGUAAAAAAUGAUACUGUAUUAACAUUUACAUCACAUACAUAAGUACUUUUACAAGAACAAAGUUUCUUCAUGUAUACUGACAACUUUCACGAUUGGAUAAUGUUCGAAAAAAAAACAUGAUAAUUGAAAAAUGUAUAUAUAAUAGAAGUGUCGUACAUUUUUUUGUAGAUAGAUCUAUUUUUAACACUCAAAGUAGAAACCUUGUUAGAUCGUACUUUCGUUACUUAUUUUUAUAUACAUGUAGCUAAUAAUGUAGACUAGCUAAGUUCUAAUAUUAGGUAACAUGUUCACUGUAUUUAUCUUUAAUCUAAUAGUAAUGAAACAGCAUGUGCCUCGUAGCGUUUAUUAAAAUCACAUGAACAGUUAGUAUGCCUAGAUAAAAGGAUACCCACAGGUUAUCCUUAUGAAAUAAUUUAUUUAACAUAUACAUUUGCAGUGGCAGCUUAAUACAUAUCACUCUAUUUAGUUAAGUAACUUUCAACAGUACUUCCCAACUUUACAAUACUACGAAUAUAUAAGCAAUACUUAUUUCAAUAAUAAAUACCCAAAAGCAAUGUAUAAUUCA